AUGCUGUCGGCGCUGGAGGAGCCGCAGGAGGAGCCGGAGGCAUCGCUGUACGACCAGCUGGGCGGCGGCGUGGCGGUCAAGGGCGUGGUGGACGACUUCUACCGCCGCGUGCUGUCGGAGCCAGCCAUGGCGCGCUUCUUUGAUGGCGUGGACAUGGCCAAGCACCGCCGCAAGUUCCUGCUGUUCGUCACGUACGCGCUGGGGGGCCCGGACGAGUACCUGCAGCUGGCGCCGGAGCCGUGGCCGCAGCUGUACAGCGCGCACGAGCGCCUCAUCCUGCAGUACGGGCUGAACGAGACGCACUUUGACGCCAUCAAGGUGCUGUUUGCCACCACCCUGAGGGACGCCGGCGCCCCGGAGCACUUGAUAGAGCAGGCGCUGGCGGUGGUGGAGAGCACCCGGCGGGUCCUCUUCCCGCUCGACCCCGCAGCGCAGAAGGCCAAGGAGGCCAAGCAGGCGCCGGCCAAGUGCCCCCACAUGCGCCAGCUCGAGGAGGAGGCGGCAGCGGCAGCGGCAGCAGCAGGGGCAGCAGCAGGGGCAGCAGCAGCAGCGGGCGGCUGCCCGCACAUGCGCGGCAGCACCGGCGCGGCGCCAUCGGCAGCAGCUGCCGCGGCAGCGGGCUGCCCGCACAUGCGCCAGAAGCUGGGCUUGUGA